UGCGGCGGAAGUGUUUCUGUAGGACUUUCUCAAACGCCUUAAACCUUGCUGUUCUUCGGUAAGAUUGCCGCUGUGUCUAAAUCUCGUCUAGUUCCAAUAAUGUCAAGUAGUCCUUCUCAAUAAUGUCGGAGUCCAUAAAGAAUGUCGCGAUAUUUGGGGCCACGGGAAUGACCGGGCUGGCGACGCUGCCGCAAGCCGUGGCUGCAGGAUACAGCGUGACAGUCCUGGUGCGGGACGCGUCCAAGCUGCCGGCGGACCACAAGGCGUCCAGAGUGGUGGUCGGUGACGUCCUGAAUAAAGACGAUGUGAGGAAGACUCUGGAAGGCCAGGACGCAGUCAUCAUCAUCCUUGGAACCAGGAGUGACCUCAGCCCAACCACCAUGAUGUCUGAAGGCACCAAGAACAUCGUGGAGGCGAUGAAAGCACGAGGAAUCCGCAAAGUCAUCGGCUGCAUGUCAGCGUUCCUGCUGUGGGAUCGCGCCAAAGUCCCGCCUCGCCUGGUCCCAGUCACCGAGGAUCAUGACCGAAUGUACGCGGUUCUGAAAACGUCCGGGCUCGACUACGUGGCUGUUAUGCCUCCUCACAUUGCUGGGGACCUUCCUCUGACGGAGCGCUACAUGGCGACAGAAAACAUGCUGAAAGGACGAGCCAUCUCCAAGCACGAUCUUGGACAUUUCUUUGUCAAGUGUCUGUCCACGUCGGAGUGGGACAGAAAGACUGUGGGAGUCUGGGGAGAAUACAAAUAAUCCCAGAAAACUGCAGAUGCUUCCAACAUUUUACUUACACUGAAAAUCUAAACGAAAAAGAGAACAUCAACACAUAAAUCAAGAGAUGUUUUUGAUUUUCCAAAUUAAUUCCACCUUUCUCAUUGGUAAAUAAGCAAAACAUGUUUCAGAUCUUUUUGUUUUCUUGUCUUUUACAGCCAUAGCACAAGAUUGUAUCCUGUUACCAAACUUUGCAACAUAUGAUACUUUUAUUCUGCUCUGGAUUCAUUUUACAGCUCUUGAUAAUAAAAGUCCUUUUUCUGUC